UGGUUUGUAGAUUGCACUCAUGGAUUUCUUCAGCCUAUAGAUACAUCAAGUCUGUAUGUAUAUAUAUAGGCGGCAGUACUCAUCUUUCAGGACCUCUGUUCAUGUCAUUGAUUGUUGCUUCGCCUCCAAGAUAAGAAAAUUGCAUUUAAUACAACACAUGCAUCUUUAAAUCUCUCUGAUGGCAGACCUAAAAGAACGCCUGCUCCCACCAAAACCAGCCUCAGCUAUAAACCUUAGAGAUGCAUCCUUUCGGCCGUCUGCAUCUGGUCGCCAGCCUUUUCAAGGGGGGGUAGAUGUUCUAGGCCUCAAAAAACGUGGCCAAGGUCUUCGUUCAUGGAUUCGUGUUGAUGCUGCUACCGGGGAUUCCCAAGUUAUUGAGGUCGACAAAUUCACUAUAAUGCGGCGUUGUGAUCUACCCGCCCGUGAUCUUCGCCUACUCGAUCCAUUGUUUGUCUACCCAUCAACAAUUCUGGGAAGAGAGAAGGCCAUUGUUGUAAAUCUGGAGCAGAUUCGGUGUAUUAUAACAGCUGAUGAAGUUCUGCUUUUGAAUUCUCUUGAUAGCUAUGUGCUACAAUAUGUGGUGGAGCUACAACGACGAUUGAGAGUUGCAGGGGUUGGUGAUGUUUGGCAGUCAGAAGGCCCGGAAUUGAACAGACGGAUAGGGAAUCGAAACUUUGGUGAUAUGUAUGGAACCACAUCACCGGACUACUUGCCCUUUGAGUUCAGGGCCUUAGAAGUUGCUCUCGAGGCUGCUUGUACAUUUUUGGAUGCUCAGGCAGCGGAAUUAGAAAUUGAAGCAUAUCCAUUGCUAGAUGAACUUACAUCAAAGAUUAGUACUUUAAAUUUGGAACGUGUUCGUAGACUGAAAAGCAGACUUGUUGCAUUGACUCGAAGGGUACAGAAGGUAAGAGAUGAAAUUGAGCAGCUGAUGGAUGAUGACGGAGAUAUGGCAGAAAUGUACCUGACCGAGAAGAAAAGGCGAAUGGAUUCGUUGUUCUUUGGUGCUGAACAAUCUCUGAUCGGAUACAGAUCAAACGACGGUACACAAUCUAUCUCCGCUCCUGUUUCUCCAGUUUCUUCACCUCCAGAAAGUCGAAGACUCGAAAAAACUUUGAGUAUUGCAAGGAGUAGGCAUGAUAGCAUGAGGAGUUCGGAAAGUGCUACGGAAAACAUCGAAGAACUCGAGAUGUUGCUGGAGGCUUAUUUCGUUGUCAUUGAUAGCACUCUGAAUAAGUUGACAUCGCUGAAGGAAUAUAUCGAUGACACUGAAGACUUCAUCAACAUCCAACUGGAUAACGUCCGUAAUCAGCUUAUACAAUUUGAGCUGUUACUGACUACCGCAACAUUCGUUGUCGCCAUCUUUGGGGUGGUGGCAGGUAUAUUUGGCAUGAAUUUUAUGAUUCCGUUGUUCGACAGUCCCUCAGCAUUUACCUGGGUUCUGGUGAUCACCGGGGUCACCGGAGCUGUCAUUUUUAGCUCGUUUUUGUGGUUUUUCAAGCAUCGAAGAUUGAUGCCGUUGUAGAUUCGGGAUUACAAGCAGCAACAGCAGAAGAAGAAAAGGAGUAUGAAUCUGUUAAAAGUGUUAAU